AGCGUGUACCUCUCCUCGGGUGUAUUCCCAUUUCCUCGAAGACAAAAUUUAGGAAGCGUCAGCGAAGAAGCGCGACAAGGAUAAAAACGCAGUGCGCUCGCAAACGAAACAUACCUCCAAAACUGCUCUGAUCAGACGAGUCGCGUGAGCAACCGAAAAGCGCGAGAGAGAGAGAGAGAGAGAGAGAGAGAGCUCGGCGAAGCUCAGUGACGUGUGCAAGACAAGGAGAGCGAGUAUAGAGAGCAAUAAUAUAUACAUAUAUAGCGAGAGCGCAGCACCCCACCCCGUCGCUCCACAUCGAGAGUGUGUGCACAUAGCUAUAUGAUAGUGCACGGGAACAGUUUUGUGUGCUGUGCUGUGCGCCUGUGUCCCUCCGUCACGAGAACGGGCGCUACGGAGUCCGAGUGUCUGCCUGCUGAGGAUGGUCGGAAUACUUUCCAACUCGUCGCGGGUCGCCCCACGCGCCCUGAGACGUCUAACCUUGCUGCAAUCCAAGGUAGUCCGGACGCUGUAUCAAGGAGGGCCAACUUCUUGUGUUAGAGCUCAAAGGGUUCUGGACAGACAUGUCCAAAACAGUCAGACCAAACCCCAUGUGAUCCAAUCUUGGAGUAUUCAGUCCAGAUAUAUACAAUCAACUUCGUCAUUAUGGGAGAUGAAAGAUGUCGUGGUGCCUGCAUUUGCCGACAGUAUAAGCGAAGGAGAUGUAAGGUGGGAAAAGAAAGAAGGAGACCAAGUGAAGGAGGAUGAUGUUUUGUGUGAAAUCGAAACUGACAAAACAUCGGUUCCUGUUCCAUCCCCUGCUGCUGGAGUUCUCAAGAAUAUUCUCAAAAAGGAUGGUGACACUGUAACUCCUGGAACUAAACUGUGUCAAAUUGAUGUUGGUGCUACUGGUGGUGCAGCUCCAUCAAAAGCAGCUGAAACUCCAAAAGCUGAGGCACCAAAGGCUCCCGAACCAGCAAAAGCAGCACCUCCACCACCACCACCAGCUGCUGCAGCUCCACCACCACCAUCUCACGCUCCUCCGCCACCACCGCCACCACCGGCAUCUGCACCACCGCCACCUCAAGCUCCCAAGGCAUCCAUGCCUGUAGCAGCUAUCAAACAUGCACAGUCUCUGGAAGGUGCAAAAGUACAACUGCCACCGCAAGACUACACCCGCGAGAUCAUCGGCACCCGAACUGAACAGCGAGUCAAGAUGAACAGAAUGCGUCUUCGCAUUGCAGAGCGUUUGAAGGAUGCUCAGAACACCAAUGCCAUGUUGACAACAUUCAAUGAAAUCGACAUGAGCGCCCUGAUCGAUUUCCGUAAAUCGAAUCAAGAAUCCUUCCAGAAGAAGUAUGGCCUUAAAUUAGGUUUUAUGAGUCCAUUCAUUGCUGCUUCUGCUUAUGCUCUAAAAGAUCAGCCUGUUGUCAAUGCCGUCAUCGACGGUACUGACAUAGUUUACAGAGAUUACGUCGAUAUUAGCGUAGCUGUAGCCACACCAAAAGGUCUAGUCGUGCCUGUACUGCGAAGCGUAGAAAAUAAGAACUUUGCUGAGAUCGAAAUAGCCAUGGCUGCUGUGGGUGACAAAGCUAGGAAAGGAAAAAUUUCAGUUGAAGAUAUGGACGGCGGCACCUUCACGAUAAGCAACGGUGGAGUUUUCGGAUCCCUUAUGGGAACUCCGAUUAUUAAUCCUCCUCAGAGUGCCAUUCUGGGAAUGCACGGUGUCUUUGAUAGACCUAUUGCUGUCAAAGGACAGGUUGUUAUUCGACCCAUGAUGUACGUGGCGCUCACGUACGAUCAUCGAUUAAUCGAUGGGCGUGAAGCUGUGAUGUUCUUGAGAAAAAUCAAGGAUGCAGUGGAAGAUCCUAGAAUCAUUUUAGCUGGUCUUUAAAAACUUCUAAGACAUCUGUUGCAAUCGCUUCAAGCGCCUCUCUUUUUAAGAAUUACGUACUUGUACAGUGUCAUAUCAUAAUAAUUUAUUUCUUGCUCCAAUAGAAGAUUCCCAACAGAAGCUCGGACGUUAUCAAUUAUUUUACCAUAAAGCUGUGAUUCAAAGAAAGUAAAAAAUUUUCACUUUUAAUUGCAGGAAUUAAUUCUAGAAUCAACUGUUUCAUUUAUUAAUACUAUUUCUGUAUCAAAAUAUGUUUAAUUUCGCCUGAUAAUACAUUUUUUUGAAUACUGAAAUAAAUGUCGCAAUAUGUAACUUUUACUUAAUUUUAUAAUCUGCGUACUACUAAAUUUUAAAAUAUCAAGCUGUGCAUUGAUGUUUUAAUAAUUUGUCUAUGAUAGUAUAGUGAUUUCAGUAUUCUAGAAAAUGUAUUAUUAGCAUUACAAAAAAUCAUCCAACUUGUAAUCAUUGUCAUAAAAACAUUAUUUCUUAAAAUUACUUAUUACAUGUCCUUGUAACUUAUUUUCCCGAAUUUCAUUCGAACUUCAAGAGUUGAUCGUAUGAUGCGUAUGUACAUUUUCCGUUAAAAAUAAAGGGCACUUUAAACUAACGUUCCUCGAUAAAAAAUUGUAAAUAAUAAGCAAUGUUAAACGACAAUUGCAAUAUACGUUGACGUAUCGACAAACGAGAACAGGCUACGUUCAACUUAUUACACAAAGAUCACGAAAGAAUAAAAAUAUGGAUUUAUUGUACUUAAAUACUCUACGAUAUUAAAUGCCGUUUGAAAUUAUAAUAACAAAUAUAGUGAACGUUAUGUCUGAAUAAAAACAAAGAAAUUGCUGAAAA